AGAGAGGCAACUCUGGAUCCACGUUGGCCCCAGAGCUGGGAAGCACAACAGGAAAAAGAAAGGUAGGAUGCUCUCCUUGUCCAUGCUGGUGCAGUGAAACAGGAAGGCAAGUAGGAAGCUAAUACUUAUGCUCGGACCCCUGCCUCGGGGGCUCUGGGCAAGGCGUCACGUUCUCAUUUGUAGGCUCUGCAGUCCUCACACCAGCCCUGCGGGGUGGGAAGAUGCCUCGUGCUGCUCGGGCGGGAGGGAGAGGACCCCUCUCCGUGGGCCUCUCACCAUUCCUUGCCCCCGCUGCUGUUAGGCCGUGCUGGGCGAGGAGGGUUUAGGACGUGCCCAUGGGGCGGGGGCAGGGGCUGGACCGGACGAGGGCCUGUUGGGUGCAAGGUGCACACCUGACACCCAAACUACGGCAGGGAGAAAGGAAGGCCGCUAUCCUCUUUGAUUCAGUCCUAGCCAUCAAAAGCUUACAGGCAGGUGGGGAGACAAGAUACACAAGUAAAAAGGGAAAUAAUAGUCGAAUGCGAUACGUGACCAGUUCCAAAGGAGGGGGUAGCUGAUUAAGGAGUUUGUCCAUCCAUUCAAGAAACAGUAAGUUCACCACCUACUGUUACGUAGUUCUCCUAGUUGUGUAAUUUUCUAAAAACUUAGAAAUUGGAAAAAGAAACAUUAAUGAACCCCACCUCUGUUCCAGGGCACCGAGGAUAUAGAGAUUUAUUCAUCGAAUCAAACAGUAUUUACUGAGUGCCUGUCGCUUGCUAGGUACUAUUCUAGGUGAUGGGAUAGUGAGCAGUAGGCAAAACCAAGUCCCUGCCCUUGGAGCUUAAUUCAGAUUUGGUACCUGCCUGGGCGGUGCUUUCAGGGCACAGAGCAGCCAGUGUGAUGGAAAUCCAGAAGAGGGCUUGACCCAGCAGGGCACUGGGCUGGGUCCAGGAAAGAGGGAAGACUCCAGCUGGGCUUGGAAGUCAGGGUAGGAUCUGGAAAAGUAGACUCAAGGGAGGAGGACGGCACCAGCAGGGGGACGUUGUGAGCUAAAGCUCAGAGGUACGUGGGCUGUGACUGGACGGGAGCAGACGGCUGAGGCGGAGGGUCCGUGUUCAGAUGUGGGAGGCAAAGCUGACAGAAGCCGGCUUAGCAUCAGACCGUGGAGACCCCCAAAUGCUGAGUCACCCUGAGAGGCGUUGCCAGGGUUGCAGGCAGAGCCCCUCCCAUGUUCCCAGCAGCCUUCUGCUCUGGAGGCCGAGGCAUUGCUGGGGGAGAGGGAGGGGGCUGCUCCCAGUCUGUAUGGCUGAAGUCUGGGUGGCCUGGCCUGGGUGCCCUGAGGGCCCUCUUGCAUCACCAGGGGAGUCACCCCGGAAAGCCAGGACACCUGACGUGGAAAGACUGAGACCUUUCCUGGGGCGGGAGUGCAAUGGCAUCAGAGGCCCAGACGGAACCAGAAUGAGAAUUUGGGGUCCCUGGGUGGACACAUGAACAAGAGGUGGGAACAUCAAAGCAGUGCAUUGCCUGCUCUUGGCCAUAUCGGGUGCCCAGACACCUGCUCCGGUCUCUUGACAUCCAGAGAGUCGUGAGGGCAUCUCCCUCCUCUGCUCCUCUCUUGUGUCCACCUCACGGUCAGAGAAUGUGAGAACAGACACCGCUGAGUGACCACCUACUGCAAGCCCCUCUGCCUUUGCCCAGUGAGAGACCCCUCUGGGGGUGGGGCAGGGGAGGUGACUUCCUGGAAGUCAAUGGGAAGACGGAGACGGAGCAGUGGCCUCAGCAGGACGGAACCCGAGCUCACUGUGCCCCGAGCUGGGUGGCCUUGGCCAGGUCCCUUCACCUGCGCCUCAGUUUCCUCACGUGGGAAUAGUAAUAACUACCUCCCAGGGCCUACAGGGGUGAUGAGGUAGAAGGGUUUGCAGCGAUUGUGCACGUGUGCUAUGGAUGUUAAGAUAACGGUUGAGUCGGGCCCAGAUGCCGCAUUUCCUGACUCCCCAGCUGGUCUUUGCCACAGUCCUCCUCAGUCCUUCCAGUCCUUCCAGUCCUCCCGGCUCAGGCCCAGAGGACGGCCUGUGGCUGCCCCCAUCGGGGAGGCCCAGCGUUGGAUGAGCUGAAGGAGGCCUCUCCGGAAAGGCUUCCCCGCUUGCGUGCCCUGUCUGAGGGCACCUGCUCCCAGCCCCCCCUGCUUCCCCUUCUCCAGGAUAACUGUCCACCUCUGAGCGCCUCAGAAUGUCUCUGGCUGCUGAGCCCGGCCUGGCCCAGCAGGCGGUGCGGGCAUAGGACCUGGUCGGACAGCUAGUUAUAAAUAGCCCCUGCAUCCACAGCCUUGGCAGGGUGCUCCUGGCAUGGGUGCAGGGGACACUCGAGAAGAGGCAGCUGAGGCUGCUGAGGCCCAGAGCUGGCCUGAGGGUACCUGGGCGCAGGCUCCACGGGCAUGUGGGCUGUGCAGGCCCAGGGUGCAGGCCAGGGCUGGCUGUGGCUUUGAGGCACCUCUCCUUUAUCCUGUGGCCUAGGAUAGAGUAGGGAGGAUGGCAACGGAGAGGGCCUGGGACGCCCUUUGGGGUUGGAGGCUGAACAAAGGGGACUGCCUGUCCGAUCGCUGUGUCCGAGCGCAGCUCAUCAGAGGGCAGCUGGGCCCAAUCCUCCUUCCAGGGUGGGAAGAAGGGAAGGAGAGGCCAGGGCCCAGAAUGUAUCACUAAAGGGCCCUCAGCCCCUCUCUAAAUCCCUACAGCCCCCAAUCCUGGCCUGGAGAGGCAGCGUAUUUCGUGGAAAACUCUAUGCUUGGAGUCAGAAAGCUCAACCCACACAGCACCAGCGAUAGACUGUGUAGUUUAUAUGACCUCCUUUCUCAUGGGUGAAACAGGCUUGAAAAUAACUACCGUGCAGGACUGUGGGGAGGAUGCAGUGCGGAAGAGGUCCCUGGAGGGUGUUUUACCAUCGUCAGGUGAAUCUGAAGGAGGCUGAUGAGGUAACCGUGCACCUGCAGAGCUUUCCGGCCGACCCUGCCCUCUCUGUGUGCUCAGGCUGCCCCAGGCCCUGCGCAGACACGCCAGGCCCUCAGCCCCAGCCCAUGGACCUGCGGGUGGGCCAGCGGCCCCCGGUGGAGCCCCCGCCGGAGCCCACGCUGCUGGCCCUGCAGCACCCCCAGCGCCUGCACCACCACCUCUUCCUGGCUGGCCUGCAGACCCAGCGCUCGGCGGAGACCAUGAGGGUAAAGAUAGAGCUCCCCACGCACGCAGCAGCCUCGAGCUCAGACCCGGCACCCCUCCCUCCCUUCAGCCUCCCCAGACCCUCGUCUCCGUCUCCAACUCCUCGCCCCUCCCUGGGCGGCCGGCCCUCCCCACAGCUCUCAAUGGACACACCGUUGCCCGAGUUGCAGGUGGGGCAGCAGGAGCAGGAGCUGCGGCAGCUUCUCAAUAAGGACAAGAGCAAGCGCAGUGCCGUAGCCAGCAGUGUGGUCAAGCAGAAGCUGGCAGAGGUGAUUCUGAAGAAACAGCAGGCAGCCUUAGAGAGGACGGUCCAUCCCAAUAGCCCCAGCGUUCCCUACAGAACUCUUGAGCCCUUGGAGACGGAAGGAGCUGCCCGUUCCAUGCUCAGCAGCUUCCUGCCUCCUGUACCCAGCCUGCCCAGCGACCCCCCAGAACACUUCCCUCUGCGUAAGACAGUCUCUGAGCCCAACCUGAAGCUGCGCUACAAGCCCAAAAAGUCCCUGGAGCGGAGGAAGAACCCGCUGCUGCGGAAGGAGAGCGCCCCGCCCAGCCUCCGGCGGCGGCCGGCAGAGACCCUCGGCGACUCCUCCCCCAGUAGUAGCAGCACGCCGGCGUCAGGGUGCAGCUCCCCCAAUGACAGCGAGCACGGCCCCAACCCGGUCCUGGGCUCCGAGGCUGAUGGUGACCGCAGGACCCAUGCGACUCUGGGCCCUCGGGGACCAGUCCUGGCGAGUCCCCAUGCUCCCCUCUUCCUGCCCCAUGGCCUGGAGCCCGAGGCUGGAGGCCCCCUGCCUUCUCGCCUGCAGCCCAUUCUCCUCCUGGAUCCUUCGGUCUCUCACGCCCCCCUGCUGACUGUGCCCGGGCUUGGGCCCCUGCCCUUCCACUUUGCCCAGUCCUUACUGACCACCGAGCGGCCCUCCGGGUCAGGCCUCCACCGGCCGCUGAGCCGGACCCGCUCAGAGCCCCUGCCCCCAAGCGCCACUGCCCCCCCACUGCUGGGCCCCCUGCAGCCCCGCCUGGAGCGGCUCAAACCUCAUGUGCAGCUGAUCAAGAGGCCAGCCAAGCCGAGUGAGAAGCCCCGACUGCAGCAGAUACCCUCGGCUGAGGACCUCGAGACAGAUGGCGGGGGAGUGGGGCCACUGGGGGAUGACGGCUUGGAACACAGGGAGUCCAGCCAUGGGCAGCAUGAGGCCCGAGGCCCUGUUCCUCUCCAGCAGCACCAGCAGGUGUACCUCUGGGAGCAGCAGCGACUGGCUGGGCGGCUCCCCCGGGGAGCCACUGGGGACUCCGUGCUGCCUCCCCUGGCCCAGGGCGGUCACCGGCCUCUGUCCAGGGCUCAGUCUUCCCCAGCCGCGCCUGCCUCCCUGCCAACCCCAGAGCCCACCAGCCAGGCCCGUGUCCUGCCCAGCUCAGAGACCCCUGCCCGGACCCUGCCCUUCACCACAGGGCUGGUCUAUGACUCAGUAAUGCUGAAGCACCAGUGCUCCUGCGGAGACAACAGCCGGCACCCGGAGCACGCAGGCCGCAUCCAGAGCAUCUGGUCCCGGCUGCUGGAGCGGGGGCUCCGGAGCCAGUGUGAGUCUCUACGGGGCCGGAAGGCCUCCCUGGAGGAGCUGCAGUCAGUGCACUCGGAGCGGCACGUGCUCCUCUAUGGCACCAACCCGCUCAGCCGCCUCAAACUGGACAAUGGGAAGCUGGCAGGGCUUCUGGCACAGCGGAUGUUCGUGAUGCUGCCCUGCGGUGGCGUUGGGGUGGAUACCGACACCAUCUGGAACGAGCUGCACUCCUCCAAUGCGGCCCGCUGGGCUGCCGGCAGCGUCACUGACCUCGCCUUCAAAGUGGCUUCCCGAGAGCUAAAGAACGGUUUUGCUGUGGUUCGGCCCCCAGGACACCACGCAGACCAUUCCACAGCCAUGGGCUUCUGCUUCUUCAACUCAGUGGCCAUCGCCUGCCGGCAGCUGCAACAACAGGGCAAGGCCAGCAAGAUCCUCAUCGUGGACUGGGACGUUCACCAUGGCAACGGCACACAGCAGACCUUCUACCAGGACCCCAGCGUGCUCUACAUCUCCCUUCAUCGCCACGACGAUGGCAACUUCUUCCCGGGCAGUGGGGCUGUGGAUGAGGUGGGAGCUGGCAGCGGUGAGGGCUUCAAUGUCAAUGUGGCCUGGGCUGGAGGUCUGGACCCCCCAGUGGGGGAUCCUGAGUACCUGGCCGCCUUCAGGAUAGUCGUGAUGCCCAUCGCCCGGGAGUUCUCUCCGGACCUGGUCCUGGUGUCAGCUGGGUUUGAUGCUGCCGAGGGUCACCCACCCCCACUGGGUGGCUACCAUGUUUCCGCCAAAUGUUUUGGGUACAUGACGCAGCAGUUGAUGGGCCUGGCGGGAGGCGCGGUGGUGCUGGCCUUGGAGGGUGGCCACGAUCUCACAGCCAUCUGUGACGCCUCUGAGGCCUGUGUGGCCGCUCUUCUGGGCAACAAGGUGGAUCCCCUCUCAGAAGAAGGCUGGAAACAGAAACCCAACCUCAAUGCCAUCCGCUCUCUGGAAGCUGUGAUCCGGGUGCACAGUGAAUACUGGGGCUGCAUGCAGCGCCUGGCCUCCUGUCCAGACUCCUGGGUGCCCAGGGUGCCAGGGGCCGAUGCAGAAGAAGUGGAGGCAGUAACUGCACUGGCAUCCCUCUCCGUGGGCAUCCUGACUGAAGAGCGGACCUCAGAGCAGCUGGUGGAGGAGGAAGAACCCAUGAAUCUUUAGGCUACAGGACGGAUCUGCCCCUGCCGCGCCCCGCCCCGCCCCGCCCCGCCCUGCCCUUCGGACCUGGUUCUCUUCCAACCUCUGGCAACAGUACCCGUUCCCGGGGUCUUCAGAGAUCCUUCGGGCAGGUAGUCGGGGCCAGAGAACAGCCUCUUGACAGUCACCCCAAGGAGCCUGGGAAGGCCCCUGGGUCUAGCAUAGGGACCAAAGAAGACCCUGACAGGAGGCCGGCUGCGUAGCCAGCCGGGACCCAGUAGGGCUCUCCCCGAAGCACAGUCUACCCCUCUGGGGUCUGGGCCCCUAGCUGGGCCCCCGAUCCUCAGGCCUGCACAGAGGAGGACUGGCACAGCCGGGCCCGCUCACAACCACUAUUCCUGGUUCUGUAGACCCCCGACUUUGCACACAGCCCCAGGCUCCACACAGAAAUGUGAACUCGGCCUCUGCCAGAGUGGCCCUUCCUAGGCUCUGGGGGAGGGAGGAUGGGUAGCAGGGGCAAAGGGGUCCCAUGUCCCUGCGUGCAGGGGGAGUCCCUCCUCUCCUGCUUCCUCAGAUGACUCUGGAAGCUUCCUCCCCACCACUGGGCAGUGAGACAGACCUCCCUCUGAGAGCAGUCAUCGGCAGGCCUCCCAUCUGGUCCCUGCCCCUGCCAGAGGCCACCUGCGUCAGCCAUCUCAGGGCUCUGGUGCAGCAGACAGGUGCUCCUGGAGUUCUUUGCUUCCUGAUCCAAUGGUGCCAAACCCUUCAUCUCCCCUCAGAAGCACAGCAUGACCCCCAGGGACCCCUCAGUAGUCACCACCCCCCUCCGUGAGCCUUCUCUUUCUGGGGUCUCCCCCACCCCAGCUGACUCCUGCCCUACAUAGGACUAGCUUGGCUGAGGGGAAAGGGGGUGGGAGAGUGAAUGGACGACAUGGGGGAGGGGAGGCUGCCCUGGCAAAGACUUCGAGGCUUCUGGGGUCCAGGCCUGGGGCCAAGAAGGAAAGUGUGUGUGUGUGUGUGUGUGUGUGUGUGUGUGUGUGUGUGUGUGAGACAGCGAGUAAGAGGAGGGUUUGUAUGUGUGUGCACGAGUGUGUCUUCCUGAGGACCACCAUGCCCUGUGUAUGUAUGCAUGUUUUUGUAAAAAAGAAAAAAAAAAUGGAAAAAAAAUCUGAACAAUAAAUGUUUUAUUUGCUUUAAA